AUGAAGAAGCAUCUGAAGAAGCGGGGGUGCAGGAAGAACGUGUCAUUUUGGAGAAUGAAAUCAUUGAGUUCUGAUCAGGUUUUGGAUCCUCUUGUUUUGAUCACCUCAUGCAUACAAAAAGGUUUCAUUGUAAUUUUGGGCUUAAGAUCGUUGGGAAGCCCAAUACGAAGCAAGCCCCUUCAAUCUUCAUUACCCAAAUCAUCUUAA